AUGAGGCCUCCUUCCACCUCGGCGACUUCCUCGUCCGUGCCCAAGGGGAAGAAGCGGGCCAGCGAGCGGUCCACGGCUGCGCUGGAGGCGAAGGUGAAGAAGCAGCGCCGGAUGGGACCCAAAAAGGUUCCGGAAACGGUCGGGGCUGCUAUAAAAUUCUCCAAGGGCGGCGGCUCUCGGCCGACUCCCAGCGUCGUGUCGCGGGUCCAGCGGCAGAGGAGGGAGCCGACUCCGCAGCCUACAUCGGGUGCGCGCACGCCACUCGCCGUCGUGCCGCCUGUGGCCACGCCGCCUGCCGCGGGGGCAGGCUCUUCAGCUGCACCUUCUUCUGAAGCACCCGGCUCCGGCUCUCGGAGUGAGCCGGCUCGCCGUGUCGGCCAGCCGACCCUCGACGAUCUCUUCCCACGUCGCACUCGGCUUCUAGAGCCUGCGGCCGGAGUCGGCAGAGGUGCACCCGGCGGGGCCGCGCCUCUUGCAGCUGGAGUCGGCGGGGCCGCGCCUGACGUCGUCGUCCUGGACGCAAGUUCGGAUGAAGCGCCGCUUGCGCCAGGGUCUGCCGUCCCUACCGGGCCGGCUGCUUCGGUCGUGCCGCCUCCAUCUUCGGAGCCGGCGAGGGAGGAGCCGACGGGGCAGGAACCGGCGCGCUCAGCCGAUGCCCGGGCGUUGGUGACAAUGAAGGGCCCGGUGGAGUCGCCUCAAGGUCUCCACGUUUCCAAGGGCGCCCGGCUGCUCAAUGUGGUGUCCGCCUCUGACUCCAGCCUUGGCUCAGCCGGCACCAUGGAGAAGGACUGGCACCGGGCGGAUGCCUGCGAGGCUAAAGCCGCCGAGACCGAGGUCCACCUGGCGCAGCUGGAGGCAGCCGACAAGACGGUUUCGGAGAGGCGGACCGCCUUGUACAACCGGCUUGUGGCCAGCUACCACAAGGCCAAGAUCGAGCGCUCCGACAUGGCUCGCGAGCUGGAGGCUGCCAAGGCUGUUGCCGCCCGGGUUCCGCAGCUGGAGGCGGAUCUUCGGGCCGCCCGCGCCCAAUGCGCCGAAAGCGAGCAGGCGGCCCGAACUGCUGCUGCCAAGGCGAAGGAGACCGAGGGGUAG